AUGUACUGUCGACUAUGUAGACAGUUUCAUACUUUCACGACCGAAACCUCAGCGGAGAAAAUCGAGCAGAUUGGUCAUAGUAUUUCUUUUUGCGUUAUUGUUUUGUUGUUUGGGACACAAAAGAAUCGCAAGGAAACUUUUGAUUUUCACCAAAUAAAACUCUCAGAUCAAUUGACCAUCGAGUUUAUGUUAGUCAUCACCUGGGACAAAGCUCGAAGUCCUUUUCGACCAGAUGGGAUGUCUCAACCUUGGACAUCGUAUACACUCACGCUGGCGAAAUCCAUCAACCAACAAUCAACAAUAAAUCGAACUGAAAAAUAA